AUGAUUUAAUUGAUAUAAUUUAUUAUCAAAAAAAUUAAGAAAGCUUUUGAAGAUUUUAAGCAAUAAUAUUCGAAAAUAAAUAGCAAAAGCAAUUAAUAUAGUAAUAAAAAGUAAAGAUCUCUCAUAUUUUAAAUAGAUUUUGCAACUAGAGAAUUACAUUUUUAGAUCAAGCAAAGUCAACAUAGAAGUAAUUAACUAAGGCAUAGAUACCUAGUUUUCAUCCAUUAAUAUCAAUAAGCAAAGCUCUAACCAUUUUACAAUAAAAAAUCUAAUUAUUUACUCGAGAAAAGCUUGAUUACUAGAUAGAUAUUCACAUUUGUGAAAGUAAAGCAAAAAAUCCAUUAAUUAGCUAACUUUGGACUCAACUAAAUACAACCAAUUUUUUAAGGAAUAGCUGAAAGAAAAUCGCACACUCUUUAAAUUCAAAAUUCUAAAAGAAAUAUAAUAAAGUGA